AUGACUAUCAGUCGGUCGGAGUCUCAUUCUCACCGAAGUUCAUCUAUUUAUAGCGGUUCUGUUGCAGGAGGUUCUCCUCAAAGGCGUACUAUAUCCUCUUCAGGCCUUAACACGCCGCUCAGUCCAGGUUCUCCUACCAGAACUGGCAGUUCUGAAGUUGGCAGCCCUGCCAUUGAAGCCAACACUUCUUUGCGUUUAGAAAGGCUUAGAAAGGAGAUGAAGGCCCGCGACUUAGGAGUAUACGUUGUUCCAUCCGAGGAUGCCCACCAGUCUGAGUAUACUUCCCCUGUUGAUCAGAGACGUGCCUUUAUCAGUGGAUUUAGUGGAUCGGCAGGUGUGGCUGUCAUUACCCGUGACGUCACAUGCAUGAACGACAUUCCUGAGGGACUUGGUGCCUUGUCUACAGAUGGUCGAUACUUUACACAGGCAGCUAGUGAAUUGGAUGCUAACUGGCAUCUAUUGAAACAGGGUGUCGAAGGAGAACCAACAUGGCAAGAAUGGGCUAUUAAAGAAGCCAUUCAAAUGUCUUUAGAUUCUGGAAAAGAGGUUCAUAUUGGAUUCGAUCCUAGGAUGAUCACCUAUGCAGACAUUGAAGGUGCUGAGAAGUUAUUGAAAGAAAGCAUUUCAUCCCACCCAAAUUCCGUUGUCAAACUCGUUCCGGUGAGAGAUAACCUAAUUGAUAUACUUUGGCCGGAAUUCGAAAAAAGACCUCAGCGUGAGUUCAAAUCGGUGCUGUAUUUGAAACCUGAAUAUACUGGAGAGGGCACAAACUGCAAGUUCGCUCGAUUACGUGAAAAACAUUUGACGGAAUACGGCUCAGAUACAAUGGUUUUGAAUGCAUUGGAUGAAAUUGCUUGGUUUUUAAACAUGAGAGGCACAGACAUUGAGUUCAAUCCUUUGUUCUACAGUUAUUUGAUGAUUCAAGGAGACAGAAUGACUCUUUACACAGACAACCAUGAGAGAUUUGAUGAGUACCAAGAUUAUUUGGCUUCUAUUCAGUGCGAAUUGAAAUAUUAUGAUGAUGUUUGGUCUGACAUUAAAAACGUGGCUUCUGAAUUGAAUAAGAAACAUCGUAAUGUUAUUCUGACAAGAUCUGGCUCUUGGAGGAUGGUGAACUGCAUUGUAGACGAGAAUUUCAUCAUUGUACAAUCUCCAAUUCAGGGGAUGAAGGAGGUCAAGAACAGGGUGGAAUUACAGGGCCAAAAGAAAGCUCAGAUUAAAGACGGCCUUGCACUUAUUCGGUAUUUUUCAUGGUUGGAGAAGAAGUUAACACAGGAUAACGAUUUCAUCAACGAGUACGAUGCCGGCUUGAAACUUCUAGAAUUCCGGUCCAAACUAGACAACUUUAAGGGGCUUUCAUUUGAAACCAUUUCCUCUACGGGAUCUAACGGUGCCAUUAUUCAUUAUGCACCAAAAUCUGAGGAAAGCUCUUUAAUCAACCCAAACAAAUUGUAUCUAUGCGAUUCUGGCUCCCAGUUCCUUGAAGGUACCACGGAUACAACUAGAACGUUACAUUUUGGCCAACCAUCGCAAGAAGAAAUAGACAAUUAUACCUUAGUGCUCAAGGGACAGAUUGCUUUAGCUGAAUUGAAGUUCCCUGAAGGAUUGACUGGAUUGCAAAUCGAUUGUAUUGCCAGACAGUUCCUAUGGGCUAAUGGACUUGAUUAUGCACACGGUACAGGCCAUGGCGUGGAUUCAUAUGGACCCGUUCAUUCAAUGGGAGUUGGCAUUGGAUUCCGUGCCUACUGUAACGACAAUACGGUGAAGGCAGGACAUUUGAUAUCGGAUGAACCAGGCUACUACAAACCAGGAUAUUAUGGUAUCCGACUAGAGAACAUGGUUUUUUGCGAGUAUGACGAUGAUCCAAAGACUUUCAACGGUAAAAGAUUCCUCAAGUUUCGAACAGUGACCAAAGUUCCAUAUUGUAGGAGAUUGAUCAAUGUGAAGAUGUUGACAGAGAAGGAGAAAGAAUGGAUCAACAACUUUCAUAGAGACAUUUGGGAUUUGUAUCGUAACAAGCUCAGUAGGAGAAGCUGGGAAUACCAAUGGUUGAAGAGAGAAACAAAUACUAUCUAA